AUGGCUAUCACGAAAAUCCACGCUAGAUACGUCUACGACUCGAGAGGAAACCCCACAGUUGAGGUUGAUUUGACCAGCGACAAGGGAUUGUUCAGAGCAAUUGUUCCCUCAGGUGCUUCGACUGGUGUCCACGAGGCCUUGGAGUUGAGAGACGGCGACAAGUCGAAAUGGCAAGGUAAGGGUGUCUUGAAGGCUGUUGCCAACGUCAAUGACAUUAUUGCUCCCGCGUUGAUCAAGGCCGACAUUGAUGUUGCUGACCAGGCUAAAAUUGACGAGUUUUUGUUGAGUUUGGAUGGUACUCCAAACAAGUCCAAAUUGGGCGCCAACGCCAUCUUGGGUGUUUCCUUGGCUGCCGCCAAAGCAGGUGCUGCUGAAAAGGGGGUUCCCUUGUAUCAACACAUUGCUGACAUCGCCGGCGCCAAAAAGGGCAAGUUUGUCUUGCCAGUUCCUUUCCAAAACGUCUUGAACGGCGGUUCCCACGCUGGUGGCGACUUGGCCUUCCAAGAGUUUAUGAUUGUUCCAACUGGCGCCGAGACUUUUAGCGAGGGUUUGAGAAUUGGCUCUGAAGUCUACCACAACUUGAAAUCGUUGGCCAAGAAGAAGUAUGGUCAAUCGGCUGGCAAUGUUGGUGACGAAGGUGGUGUUGCUCCAGAUAUCAAAACCGCUAAAGAGGCUUUGGACUUGAUCGUUUCAGCUAUCGAGGCUGCUGGUUACAAGGGUCAAGUUGACAUUGCCAUGGAUGUUGCGUCAUCGGAAUUCUACAAGGAUGGCUUGUACGAUUUGGACUUCAAGAACCCAGACUCGGACAAGUCCAAGUGGCUCACUGGUCCUCAAUUGGCUGAAUUGUACGACGAGUUGAUGGCUGAAUACCCAAUUGUCUCCAUUGAGGAUCCAUUUGCCGAGGAUGACUGGGAAGCAUGGAGCCAUUUUUUCGCCAAGGUUGAAAACAAGGUGCAAGUUGUUGGUGACGACUUGACUGUCACCAACCCCAUCAGAAUCAAGAAGGCCAUUGAAACCAAGGCUGCCGAUGCCUUGUUGUUGAAGGUUAAUCAAAUUGGUUCAUUGACCGAGUCAAUCCAGGCCGCUAAGGACUCCUACGCCGCUGGCUGGGGUGUCAUGGUUUCCCACAGAUCGGGUGAAACCGAAGACACUUUUAUUGCCGACUUGGCUGUUGGUAUCAGAUCUGGUCAAAUCAAGACUGGUGCUCCAGCUAGAUCCGAGAGAUUGGCCAAGUUGAACCAAAUCUUGAGAAUCGAGGAAGAGUUGGGAAGCAAUGCCAUCUACCCUGGUAAAGACUUCCACAAUGCUCAAACUUUGUAA